UGUUCACCAGCUCCUGGUUACCUGAACACACCUGAUGCAGCUCGGUAGACAGAGAGCUGAAGCCCAGAACUGGUCUGUCCCGACACAGAGUCAACAUGCAGUCUGUUUGAGAUCGUCUCUCCGUCUGUGUUUCUGUCUGUGUUGGCUGGUUGAACAGAGAGCGAUGGCCGGUCCAGAGCUCCUGCUGGACUCCAGCAUUCGCCUGUGGGUGGUGCUGCCCAUCGUCUUCAUCACCUUCUUCGUCGGGAUCAUCCGUCACUAUGUAACGCAGCUGCUCCACAGCGAUAAGAAGGUCGACCUGGAGCAGGUGUCUGACAGUCAGGUACUCCUGCGCAGCCGCAUCCUCAGAGAGAAUGGAAAGUACAUUCCUCGACAGUCCUUCGCCAUGAGGAAACAUUACUUCAACAACGCAGAGACCGGCUUCUUCAAGAAGGUCAAGAGGAAGGUCGUCCCCAAGAACCCCAUGACAGACACCAGCAUGCUGACUGACAUGAUGAAGGGGAACCUGACCAACGUCCUGCCCAUGAUUGUGAUCGGUGGCUGGAUCAACUGGGCUUUCUCUGGAUUCGUCAUCACCAAGGUGCCGUUCCCUCUGACUCUGAGGUUCAAGCCGAUGUUGCAGCGAGGGAUCGACCUGCUGUCGCUCGACGCCUCCUGGGUGAGCUCGGCGUCCUGGUACUUCCUGAAUGUGUUCGGACUGAGGAGCAUGUACACCCUCAUACUGGGCCAGGACAACGCUGCUGACCAGGCCCGGCUCAUGCAGGACCAGAUGACAGGCGCUGCCAUGGCGAUGCCCCCUGACCCCAACAAGGCCUUCAAGAGCGAGUGGGAGGCGCUGGAGAUCGUGGAACACAAGUGGGCCUUGGAGAACGUGGAGGAGGAGCUGAUGUCCAGAGACCUGAACUUCGGAACCUUCUUCAGUCAGGACCUCAAGUCCACCAUGUUCUAAAGUAACGAGAACCCGCGAGCUCUGGGAUGUCUGCGAACGCCUCUGAGCUGAGCCGUCCAGAGUGAAGGUUCUGGAACAGUUUACACAAAUCCUCUGAUUUGAAUAGAUGAAGCUGUCUGAUUGGUCGGCUCCCUCAGGCACCACUUUCACUUUCUGCCUUUUAGGAGUCUCUAAAUUCUGAGUGUAACAGUUCAGAUCUACGUCGUGCCUUCAAAGAUGUAAACUGUGGAGCAGAAGUGCAGCGGUGCAGCACCUCAGUUCUGCUGCUGACACGGUUUUAUAGCAUUAAUGUAAAAUGAAGAUUCAGUGUCAGGAAUUUCCGCUUAUUGUUGCCCAUGUUCCAUUUUUCUCCAUCAGAAAAAUCAACGCAGGACAAAACAAGUUUAUUCAAUCAUGUAAUCUGCAGAUAAGUGAUCAGCAGCUAACCUUCCUGUUUCUGAGUGACAGCGAGCACAACAAAUUGAUAGUGAAGUUUAUAGAAAACCAGUUUAAACCAAAUAUUUAUUAUUGUUCCUCAUCAGCGAGUGGGACUGGUUGGCUCAUUGUGUUUUCACUGUGGAGCAGACGAGUUCUCAGACGUUCCAGAGCGGCGGGUCGUUUGAGUAAACCAGCAGAUUCUGCACCAGACGGAUCCUCUCAGGAAGACGAGUCUCUGACGCGAUGACGUUGUUAAAGGCGACCGGGAUGUUUUGGGAGGACAGAACUUGUCAGAGAAGCUUUUUAACUGAUGGCAGGAUGUUUGUUUUCACCCUGCAGGACACUUUGCAUGUUCUUUUCUACACUGUGGUCGUCGGGCUGCGUUCCAGAGCGACUUGGAGUGAGUGUAACAGUUAAAUAAAGGUGCCAUCAUGACUAAA